GUGGCGGCAGACAUUGAGCCGCUAGAGUACACGCCGAAGCCGGAGUACGAGGGCGUCUUCCAGACUUACAAUGAGGAGGAUGAGGCCGGCCUGCUGCGGCGCUUCUUCGCACUGAUGCGGGAGACCUGCCCCCAUGUGAUGGUGUCCUUCAACGGCGAUUUCUUCGAUUAUCCGUUCGUGACGAAUCGGGCGAAGGCCUACAACAUGGACUGGGCCGAAGAGGCCAACCUGGUGCUACAUGGACUGGGAUUGACGUUUGAGUGA